UCUUUUGGUGGAGGAAUGCUUGUCACCUACUCCUAACAGUUUCCACCCUCUCUAUAUACUUCUCAAGCACCCUUUCAGAGAGAAAAUAGAGGAAGAGCAACAAGGCAGAGCUAGAGCGUGCUUCGAAGCUCUGUUUCUGAGUUCAAUGGAGAGACACAGUUGUAAGCUCUGUUUUAAGCGCUUCGCCAAUGGCAGAGCUUUGGGUGGUCACAUGAGGUCACACAUGGCCACCCUUCCACCUCAACCGAAGGCCCAACAGAUUCAUCCGCUCGGAGAUGAGACUGAGUCUGCAUCGUCGUCGUCGCCGUCGUCUUCCUCGUCCUCCUCCGGUGAAGAGGAAAGGGAGGAGGAGGAGGAGGAGGGGGAGGGGGAGGAGGAAGAGGAGGAGAAGGCAGCUCUGUAUUAUGGGUUGAGAGAGAAUCCCAAGAAGAGCUUUCGUUUGGUAGAUCCUGAGUUUUCUUUUGCGGUUGAUGCCGGGUCGGUUGUUCAAGACAGGGAGAGCGAGACUGAGUCAUCGAGGAACCCGUCUUGGAGACGAUCGAAGCGAAAUCGAAAAUCGAGCAUCGCAGAGCAGCAGCAUCAGCAGGAACAGCGAACAGAACUCAAGAAGCCUAGGUCGAGCAAACCCAGUAAGACCGAGUCGACGGCGGAGCCGGAACCGGUAAGCUCAGUGUCUGAUACUACUCCCGAAGAGGAUGUUGCUCUAUGUCUUAUGAUGCUUUCGAGAGAUAUAUGGAUGAGGGAGGAGGAGGAAGAAGGAGAGAAAUCCAUUGACGAGUCGGAUGACUCGGAAGAGCUCAAAUUUCCGACUCGGACUCGGGGGAAGUACCAGUGCGGGACAUGCAAGAAGGUGUUUCGCUCUUAUCAAGCCUUGGGUGGCCAUAGAGCAAGUCACAAGAAGAUCAGGGGCUGUACGCCAUCUUCCUCCCCUGCUGCUCGAACCCAUGAAGCCGAGUCCGAACUUGGUAAUGCAGGCACUUCCGUCGUCGAUCGGAGAAUCCAUGAAUGUCCAGUUUGUUUCAGGGUCUUUGCUUCUGGACAAGCUCUUGGUGGGCACAAGAGAUCUCACCUUUCUGGUUCGGCUACUGCUGCAAAUUCUACUAAAUUUGGAGACAAUUUGAUAGAUCUCAAUCUCCCUGCUCCGCUUGAAGACGACGAUAUCAGUCAGGUCGAACUCUCGGCGGUCUCCGAUGCGGAAUUCGUCGACCCGAUAAAGUGAUCAAUGUUAAAAAGACUGAAUUUUGCGUUACUAGAUCGGAUUCAAAUCCAAACUCAGAGCUGUGGACGUUAAGUAGAGGUAAAAGCUUCAUCUAUUUUUUCUGCCUCUGUAGUCGAUCUGAGAUUAUCUUAAGCUCUUCUGACAAUUGGGAAAAUUGGGUUCUCUGUAUUUACAAAUCCUUCUUCUUCUUCUUCUUCUUCUUCUUCUUCUUAUUCUACUGCUACUACUACUCAAAAACGCUUUUUUUCUUUCUUCUUUUAAAACCCUGUUAUUUUUUCUUCUUUUCUGACUGUAAUUCAUUUCUUUGAAUUGGUUCCGAGUUAAGUGCUGUUACUUACUUGUAACAACUGAUUCUAGUGCGACCAUUAA